AUGUCAAACCUCCGACCCAGAUUAGGCCAGUUUAUCAGGCUCGUGGAGCCCGACACUCCCGCCUCCGCAGCAGGGCUUCUCACCGGUGAUCAACUCGCGUUCGUCAAUGGGGAGAGCGUGGAGGGCGAGAGCCAUCAGCAAGUGGUCGCCAGGAUACGGGCCGCCAAGGAGGUUUUAGAACUCAUCGUGGUGGACGCCGAAACGGCUGAGCUGCUGAAGAAACACAACCUGGAGUGCCUAAAAGAGUAUGUCACGGAGGGGAUUCCCCUGCCCAACGGGAGUAGCGACUCAGACACACAGAGCUACGGCACCCCGAGGGAGUCAACCCCUGUCUCUGCUGAGAACGGUGCUGCAUCUCCGGAGAGGUCUGACAGGCUGAGUGUUAGCUCCAGCACCAAGGAGGAGAGAUGUGGGCUGCGACCUCGUCUCUGCCACCUGACGAAGGGCCCUAAUGGCUAUGGCUUCAAUCUGCACAGUGAGAAGUCCAAACCUGGCCAGUUCAUCAGAGCUGUGGAUGAAGAUUCUCCAGCACAGAAAGCAGGCCUCAGACCACAGGACAAACUCGUCCAGGUUAAUGGCAUGUCAGUGGCGGGUAUGCAGCACUCUGAGGUGGUUGCAGCCAUCAAGGCUGGAGGAGAUGAGACCAGACUGCUGGUGGUCGAUGCUGAGACUGAUGAAUUCUUCAAGAGAUGCGACGUCCAGCCCACUGAGGAACACAUGACUGGACCACUUCCUGAACCAGCACCAGAGGAGGAUGAGGCACCAGCAAGGAUGAAGCCAAAGGCAUCUGUGAGCUCAUCAUCCUCCAGCUCCUCCCUGCCAGCAGUGACCACCAGCUCCCCACCUCCAGAGGGAGAGAGGGCCCUGGCACCAUCUCCAGCGGAGGAUAGCCUUGGUCUGGGCAUGUCGCUGGCCCAGGCCAGAGAAAGAGCCCAUCAGAAACGAGCCGCAAAGAAGGCCCCGCCAAUGGACUGGAGCAAGAGGAACGAACUGUUCAGCAACCUAUAAACAACACAUUAUCAUCAUCACCACCACCACCUCCAUCUCCUCCAGAGUCAUCUGUACUGUCCCCUGGUGGAGAGUCCAGAGAGAUAAUCAGCCUCUGUUCCUGGUGUUUGUCUGGAUUUGGUUUUUACCUGAUCACACUGCAUAUGGAAGACACAGUGAUCAUUUAGGACAUUUUAAACAGUAUUAUGAUGAUUUUAUUUGUUUUAAUUUAGGGUUUUGUCACUUUUGAAAUGCCACUGUCACACACAGGAAUGAAUGUUAAUAUAUUAAGAAGAAUGUCUGAAGUAAAUAUGAAACGCAGUAAGGAAUAAUGGGGCAUAGGGAAAAAGAAUUAUCAGCAUAUUUCGAGUCAAAAUUUAAAAUCUACUGUUUAAAUGAAUAUAAGAUACCCACAGAUGUUUGCAGUCAGCAACUAGAAUUAUAGCUUUUCUCUAGUCAUUAUCUGUGAAUGAAAACUGCUGAGUAGCUCUUCUGAGCUCUCGCUGCUAACAGAACCAUGACAUCUUCCUGUUGGAGCAGUGUCUGAGCACCACCAGUAUCCUGAAGUCUUAAGAUGGCUAUAGGGAUUGUGUCAGUUUUAGAAUCACGAAAGCUCUGGUAGCUUGGACCCAACCUUCACGUUUGUCAAGUCAUUAGCAUGACUUCAUUUGGUGAAAUUAUUUUAUUACAUUGCUCUUGUUAGUUUUGUACAUACAUGAAUAAAUGAUUUAGGUGGAAAAUUUAUAUUGCAUCAGUUGAGAGGAAUGAACCUAUUCUGCCAAAAUUUCAUGAACUUAAAGUUGCACUGGUACCAUGUGAAGAUUCAGGAGUACGGACAUUGGCUCUGCUAUAGAAUGUACUGAUGAGCACUGACAAACAUAACAUUUGGAUCCAGUGGAAUUAAGUCUGUUAUGUAAUGUAGCACACUGUAAACUUUGGAAACAGUAAUUUGACCAAAAAAACCCCAAAAACUAAAACAAAAAAGUUGUUUUGAUUUUUGCACUAAACAACAUUUCGGUCUUUGGAAAGGGUCUUUCAGCUCAAUGUUUUGGUUCUCUAGCCUGUACCGUUUUUAGUCUCACUGCUCUCACUAACAACAUUUCCAUUUGGCUUCAUUUGGAAGAACAAUUCUGGCAGAGUAUUACCCCCAAAAUCUGAAGGUUAAUUAUUUUGUGAGACAAGUCCCUUCUCUCUUAUUUUUCAGUUUCAUGACUACUUUCAUUUAAAUAUGACACUUUUUUGUAGAUAUGUAAGCAGCAAGUCCAACCAAUAAAGCAACUUCUGGAGACCUCGGUGGCCUGCUGCAAUAUGUUGCCAGAAAUCUGGCCAAUCAGAGCUCAUGCUGCUGCUCCAUGGAUGUUUGGUGGCACAAUUUUUACAAAAUCACAGAUUCAUUUAAAGUUACACUCCAGAGACAUUUUAAUAUUUCUAUUUGCAUAAAGAACUCUAUGAACAAUAUAUAGUCAAACAUUUUUCCUCAAAAAAAGUGUAUCUAUAAUAGGCCUCACCCAUUACAGGAUCUAUGAAUAUUCAAAUACAUGCCCCCCCCCCAACAACGCUUCCCUCACAUAGACCAGUGAACUCGCUGUAUCAGAAUGAGAUGCAGGAGUGAAAACUGAAGAGUUGUAGCAUUUUAUGUUUGAGCCUCAUUCACCCUUUACAGCAAUAUUGUAUAGAAAGUCACUUUUGGCUUUUCCCGUUUUUU